AGUGAUCAAGAAGACAAGUAUUAGGGAAAAGUUUUUGAAUCUAGUGAUACGCUUAUAGCCUUGGUUUUUGGAGUCUGAAUAAACAUUCAACCUGGGUCAAUGCAUGGACAAAACUGUUGUCGAAAAAAUACAUUCAGCAGAAUUUGCUGGUUAGAUUGAUAAAGGUAGUCCUCCAUUGCGAAAGGCAUUAAUAAACUGAAACAUGUUUACGUUUUCAAGUUUAGUAUUUUUGUUGCUUGUAGUACACAGUAUAGGAAACGCCGCCGCCCGUUCUAAAAGCAGCAGAAUGCCAGCGCAAGCUAUUAAGUUGUACUACUUGCCUCCGUCACCGCCUUGCAGAGCUGUUAUGAUGACGGCCAAGGCUAUCGGCUUAGAUCUGAACAUGGUCCUCACUAAUAUCAUGGAGGGAGCUCAUAUGACGCCAGAGUUUUUGAAGAUGAAUCCUCAACAUACUAUACCAACUAUGGACGAUAACGGAUUCAUUCUUUGGGAAAGUCGAGCUAUCAUGGCAUACUUGGUGAACGCCUAUGGCCGCGACGACUCCCUCUAUCCUAAAAACCCUAGGCUAAGAGCCGUAGUGGACCAACGACUGAAUUUCGACAUCGGAACACUUUUCGCAAGAUAUCUUGGUGUUUAUUUGCCUGUUCUAUUUAAAGGAGAGGAAAUGAGUCAAGAAGCAGUUGACAAAUUGAAUGAAGCUCUCGGUUGGCUAAAUAACAUGAUUGAAGGCAAAACAUUCGUAGCAGGAGACAACCUUACGAUUGCGGAUAUUGCUAUCGUAGUCACUUUUACUAACUUAGAGGCAUUCGAGUACGAUUUUAGUGCAUAUGAAAACUUAACGCAAUGGUUUGCCAGAACGAAGAAGGCUCUUGAACCUUAUGGGUACAUGGAAAUUGAUCACGCAGGAGGACAAAUCUUGGCUUCAUUCAUAAAGAAAGAUUAACGUGAAAACGAUCUUUUAUUUGCAAAUAUAAUUUUAUUAUUUUUAGCA